AUGGAAACACAACAGAAAGAAGCCCCCAAAAACAUCUUGAAUGUUGCCAAAUUCUUGAGAUCUAGCUCUGAUUUAAAAAAUCGACAAGGAAUCUUAAAUGGAAAAAGAGUGGUUUAUUUUAAAGGUAAAUCUGCAUUGAAGGCACUUCUUAAAGAAUCCUACGGUAAACUUAAAGAGGUUCCAAAAGUUACCAGUGAAAACGAAGCUCGUGAAGUCCUACAAGAGGUGUUAGCUCACGCCUUUUUCUUGCGUGUCGAACGUAGUGAGAGUGGAUCGCGUAAAAAAUUAGAAAUAACGUCUUAUCAAUCGUGGGCUGAGGAUCAAUAUUAUGCAUGGUUCUAUGAAGGAUCACAAUUAAUGACAAUAUUGGGAGGAAUUGGAUUGAUAUCCGUUGUAUUUGCGGCUGUAUUAUUUCCUCUUUGGCCUUCUAUAUUAAGAGAUUCUGUUUGGUACCUUUCUGUGGCCAUUUUGAGUCUUUUUGGAGUAUUUAUGGUCAUAGCAGUUGUAAGAUUAAUCUUAUAUAUUAUGACCAUGAUUGUAAUUCCUCCUGGAAUAUGGUUAUUCCCCAAAUUAUUCGAGGAUGUGGGAUUUGUAGAUAGCUUUAUUCCACUUUGGGCUUGGGAGGUACCAAAGAAAAAAGUAAAGAUCACUGAAGACGAUGAAGUAGCUAGUGGAAGUCAAAAUGUUAAUAAAGAUCUUCGUACUACAGUUGAAGAUGUAGAUGAUGAGGAAAAAUUCGAGGAAUCCAAGGAUGAUGAUGAUAAAAAGGUAGAUUAA